GCCCACUAUAUAAAUAUAUAUUGUCCAUUUAGCCUUUUACUUCACCGUUUUCGGUGUUUAUUCCGAGAAGAAGAGGCAAUACAGAGACGGAGACAAAGCUCAUCGUCCUUUUGGAUUCUUCCGUCUUGAUAGCGGAAGACGAAGCCGUGGUUGCGCUUGGAUCCUAAGGUUCUUUUAUUAGGUCUAUAAAAGAUGGCCGAUGCUGAGGAUAUUCAACCCCUCGUCUGUGACAAUGGCACUGGGAUGGUCAAGGCUGGAUUUGCCGGUGAUGAUGCUCCCAGGGCAGUGUUUCCCAGUAUUGUUGGAAGACCUCGACACACAGGUGUCAUGGUUGGGAUGGGGCAGAAGGAUGCUUAUGUAGGAGAUGAAGCCCAAUCCAAGAGAGGUAUCCUCACCUUGAAGUAUCCCAUUGAGCAUGGCAUCGUCAGCAACUGGGAUGACAUGGAGAAGAUUUGGCAUCAUACCUUCUACAAUGAGCUCCGUGUUGCCCCUGAAGAGCACCCAGUUCUUCUUACAGAAGCACCCCUUAACCCCAAGGCCAACAGGGAGAAGAUGACCCAAAUCAUGUUUGAAACCUUCAAUGUGCCUGCUAUGUAUGUUGCCAUCCAGGCCGUCCUCUCUCUAUAUGCCAGUGGUCGUACAACAGGUAUUGUGCUGGACUCUGGUGAUGGUGUCAGCCACACUGUCCCAAUUUAUGAAGGGUAUGCCCUCCCUCAUGCAAUCCUCCGGCUGGACCUUGCUGGUCGUGAUCUUACUGAUGCCCUCAUGAAGAUUCUCACUGAGAGAGGAUACUCCUUCACCACCACUGCUGAACGGGAAAUUGUCCGUGACAUGAAGGAGAAGCUUGCCUAUGUGGCUCUUGACUACGAGCAGGAGCUGGAGACGGCCAAGAGCAGCUCAACAGUGGAGAAGAGCUAUGAAUUGCCUGAUGGGCAGGUGAUCACCAUUGGAGCUGAGAGGUUCCGAUGCCCAGAGGUGCUAUUCCAGCCAUCUCUGAUUGGAAUGGAAGCUGCAGGCAUCCACGAGACUACCUACAACUCCAUCAUGAAGUGUGAUGUUGAUAUCAGGAAGGACCUCUACGGCAACAUUGUGCUCAGUGGAGGUUCAACCAUGUUCCCGGGUAUUGCAGACCGUAUGAGCAAGGAGAUUACAGCUCUUGCUCCGAGCAGCAUGAAGAUCAAGGUGGUGGCACCACCUGAAAGAAAAUACAGUGUCUGGAUUGGAGGGUCAAUCCUUGCUUCUCUCAGCACCUUCCAACAGAUGUGGAUCUCCAAGGGUGAGUAUGAUGAAUCUGGUCCCUCGAUUGUUCACCGGAAGUGCUUCUGAGUUCAACCAGAGUGUUGGUGGUGAGUCGGUUUCUUUCAUGCAGUUGGCUUUCCGUGUCAUGUGUCAUGUGAACUUGAGCGAGUUCUGGGGAGUUUAUGGGGUUAAUUGGGGACUGAGUAAAGAGGGGUAUAGCAAUAUCAUAAUUUGCUGCUUCAUAGUUUUUUCAUAGAACAACACGCCACAUUCUUAGUAGAGAGGACUGAGAAGCCAAAGUCUAUUUGCGAUGGUUGGCUGGAAAUGGAGCGCAGAUUAUAGAUACUCUUCUUCAUUCGCUAUGUCCUCUCCUUGUAGUAGAAGGAUCUGUAGUAGGCAAGAGAAUUGAUGCUUUCUUUUUUUUUUUUUAAUUUCUUUCUCUUAUUUACUGGGGAGGAGAGUUUUGGGACAGCUAUGUUAAUAUUUAUUGUAUGAGAAAUUUGAUUGUAGCGUCAGUUUGCGGUUAUGAACUAUUAUUAAAAAAAAA